GCAGGUGGGGACGGGAGCGGCGGGCCGGCCGGCCCCCCCGGGCGAGAGGCGCUUUCCCGCCUGCGGCCGCUCGCGGCGAUGCGUGCGGGGACUGAGCCUUUGCAGGAUUUGUUGCUUCCUUCUUGCACUAGUGGUGACCCUAAGGAAUUUGCUAUGGAUGGGGAAAGUGAAGUGGAUUUUUCUAAUAACAACAUAACGCCACGGUGGUGGAGGAGAUCAACCCCUCAGCUACACACCAAGAGCAAACCUAGACCCCAAUCUUACCAGAGCCCCAAUGGGGUCCUCUUUACAGAUUUCCCUGUGGAAGACAGGGCUACAUUCACUGUGACUCAGCCUGCUGAAACAAUAGUUACUUCUCCAGUCAACAGAUUAGUCCAAAGGAGCCCCUCCUCUUUUAAAUCCAACAUGGGAUCUGUGCCAAAUGGAAAAAUAGGGUCUCCAGAGUAUAAAGCUGUAUCCCCCCAACUUUCUUCUGACCAGGCAUCUCAGGUCCUGAAAUUGGUUUCAGAUAACUUGAUAAGUUUUGGUGGUACAGUAACAUCAGCAGAUGACACACUGCUUCAUCCAGUGUUGAUUUCCAGUCAAUCAGCACUUAUCCCAGAACAUGAACAGACUGCUUUUAUGCCAACUCCUGGGUCCUUACCUGGAAAUAUGCCUUCACUGAAUAACAACAGAAUGGCUGUUUUGCAGUUACAAUCCAACCAGCUUUCUAAAAACCCAGAAAAGGCACUUGUGGGGCCCUCAUUGGUUUCCCAGACGGCUCCCUCACAGCAAAACUUAACUCUCCACAGACUGACAUCUAAUCAGAACCAGCUCCCAGAAAAACAGUUAAUAGUUCUGAGUACAAAUAGUCCUGCUGCGCUCAAAGUGGGGAAACAACAGAUCAUUCCUAGGAGUUUAGCUUCUGAGAUAAAAGUGACAAACAAAACCAGCAACCAAAAUGUGGAGACAAACAAAAGGGUCCUCAAGGUCCGUAGCAUGUUGGAGAUGCUUAAUAUGCCUUUGGUAGCUGAUGGUGAUGAAGAGACAGAAGGUGACCUGGAUAGCCCAGGGGCAUUGAGAAGAGGAUUGAGGUCUACUUCCUAUCGAAGAGCAGUAGUGAGUGGCAUUGACUCUGACAGUUCUACAAAUUUUAAGAAAAAAAAUAGAAUGUCCCAGCCAAUACUCAAAGCUGUUGUGGAGGACAAGGAGAAAUUUUCUAGUUUAGGAAGAAUAAAGAAGAAAGCACUGAAAGUACAAGGGACAUUUGAUGGGGAAGAAACUGCAGUUUUGUAUCAGAACUACAAAGAAAAAGCUCUGGACAUAGAUUCUGAUGAAGAUUCUGAGUCCAAAGAACAAAAAUCAGAGGAAAGGAUAGUUAUUCAAUAUAAGCCUCUGAGAUCAACAUGGAGUCAGCUAUCAGUGGUGAAAAAGAAUGGACUGUCUCAGACGAUCAGUCAGGAGGAAAGAAAGAGGCAAGAGGCUAUAUUUGAAGUAAUAUCAUCUGAACAUUCAUACUUGCUGAGCUUGGAGAUUCUGAUCCGGAUGUUUAAAAAUUCCAAAGAACUGAGUUUAACAAUGACCAAAACAGAAAACCACCAUCUUUUCUCCAAUAUUGCUGAUGUCUGUGAAGCGAGCAAAAAGUUCUUUAAAGAACUUGAAGCAAGGCAUCAGAACAACAUCUUCAUAGAGGAUAUUAGUGAUAUUGUUGAAAAGCAUACUGCAUCAACAUUUGAUCCAUACGUGAAAUAUUGUACUAAUGAAGUCUACCAACAGCGAACACUCCAGAAACUAUUAACUACAAAUCCAGCCUUCAAGGAAGUGCUGUCACGGAUUGAGUCCCAUGAAGACUGCAGGAAUUUACCUAUGAUCUCUUUCCUCAUUCUUCCAAUGCAGAGGGUUACACGCCUUCCAUUGCUGAUGGAUACCAUCUGUCAGAAAACCCCUAGAGAGUCACCAAAAUAUGAGAUCUGCAAACGAGCCUUAAAAGAAGUGAGCAAGUUGGUCCGUUUAUGCAAUGAAGGGGCUCGAAAAAUGGAAAGGACAGAAAUGAUGUACACAAUUAACAACCAGCUGGAAUUUAGAAUCAAGCCAUUUCCACUGGUCUCCUCUUCCCGGUGGUUAGUGAAAAGGGGUGAAUUAACAGCAUAUGUGGAAGACACUGGACUCUUCUCUAAAAGGACCAGUAAGCAGCAAGUAUACUUCUUCCUCUUCAAUGAUGUCCUCAUUAUCACAAAGAAGAAGAGUGAGGAGAGCUACAAUGUCACAGAUUAUUCCUUGAGGGACCAGCUGUUGGUUGAACAAUGUGACAGUGAGGAGCUGAAUUCCUCACCCGUAAAGAACAGUUCCACUAUGCUGUACUCUCGGCAGAGCUCUACAAGUCACCUCUUCAGAUUAACUGUCCUUAGCAACCACGCAGGAGAGAAGGUGGAGAUGCUACUGGGGACUGAGACUCAGAGUGAAAGAGCUCGCUGGAUUACUGCACUUGGACAGAACAGUGACAGACGGAAUGCAGACAGGACAACAUUGACACAGGUAGAGAUUGUCAGAACUUAUUCUGCAAAGCAGUCAGAUGAACUAUCCCUUCAGGUUGCUGAUGUGGUUCUGGUUUAUCAAAAAGUGAAUGAUGGUUGGUAUGAAGGUGAACGAUUGCGGGAUGGUGAGAGAGGCUGGUUUCCAAUGGAGUGUGCCAAGGAAAUCACAUGUCAAGCCACAAUUGACAAGAACAUGGAACGGAUGGGACGUUUGCUUGGACUUGAAACAAAUGUAUAGAGUCCCUAAAAUCUAUUUUUUCUUUGCUUCAGGAUUUGCACUAAGGGCCCUCAGUGGUGGCUUGAUUUUGUGCUUAUUGUCCCACUAUAGCUGUAGCGUGGGAGCUGUGAAUCAGAGAUUUGUAAAAUCAGUGAUACGAGGAAAGGCGGGGGGGGAGGGAGUCAGCCACUCACUGUGUAUCCAGGCUACUUUAAGUUAAAAGCCCCUAAAAAGUAAAUUACAAUUCUAAAGUUCCCAUAACAAAAUGCAGGUGACAUCUUUAGAUAGUCCCCUCUUCCUUGUUUUACAGUGUGAGAGAGCUAACUGAAUCAAGGUCUUAUCUGCACUGAAUCCUAACUGGGAUUGAGUGGUAGGCUUUGGAGAGCAGCUCCACGUAUCUUUGACUUCACCUCCCUUUGUCUUUAGCUGCGCCACUCCCUUUACCUUUAUGUGCUGUUUCCUCACCCACACCCGUCCAACCACACAAACACACUUUUUUUUUCUUGUUUGUUUUUUCAGUCAUUUAAAAACACCUUAGCUUCCUCUGGCAAGGCCGACCACCAGCCACCCACAAACAUGUUGCCCUGCAAGCAAGCAGCAGCAACAACAAACUAAUAUUUGGGGAUUUCCCACUCCUCAAGGGAAAGUUUCAGUGCUGUAUUGCUAGCACAAGAUGGUGAUAUGUGUGGGGAUAAAUAGCAGCUCUCUAGCCCCUCAUAUGGCCUAAAAUGGAACCCGUGAGCACGCACUGUAUAAGGUGGUCCCUCCCCAGUAAGACCAGAGAAGACAUAUACCAAGUAAAAAGAUGUUCCAUUAAGUUAAGAGUGCACAGCUUUCUACUUUUGUAAUAUAAGAGGCUCUUUGAGCUCUGGUCAAGUGAAAAAUUCUCUAAGUUAUUCUGUUGGGUCUUCUCAUCUUUCUCCUUGUGGCUCUCUGUCUACAUCUAUCUAUAUGUCUGUUUAAUUAAGGGUUUUCAUAACGUUAGAUUACCUCUUGUGUUCAUCCUUUAAAACCUUAGCUCCUUGGGCUUUCUCCUCCCCAAUGAUGGCUUCUUAUUUCACACACAUUAUUUUUUUUUUAAAUGCUGUCAUUUGAAAAGCAGUGAUUAAAGUAACUCUGUCCCAGCUAGCAAAGCUAAUGUGUUCUCCAGGGACUGAGAGGGGAAAUCCAGAAUGGUUUUCUGUUGGUCUUUUUCGAUGAUGAUGAUGAUGAUGUUUCAUCUAUUCAAGCAGCUCAGAUUUUGUUUCCUUCCAGUGUUGCUUCAGUGUUCAGAGUGCCGGGAAGGGUUUUCAAAUCAAGAAGUAUGCAGUCAACUUUUGUAGUGUGGGAAAGUAAGCUUGGGCUCCGAGGCUCCAGCCUCCAUUCCCAGAACAGACCAACCUUACGGUAUGUCUACCCUUUUAGCUGGGGAUGUAAUUCCCAGCUCAAGGAGACUUACUCAGGCUAUUGCCAUUGAGUUAGAACAGUAAAAUCAGAACAUAGCCCUGGUAGCAUGAGCAACAGGACGGGCUAGCCAUCCUGAGUACCUGCCCGUCAGAUACCUUAGCUUGUUUCAACUUGUUCUUUGUAAAAAAAAUAUUCUCCAUAAGUAUAAGCAGCUCUGUGCUCUGCUCUGCUCCUCUGUGUCCCUGCUAGAAAAUCAGAUUGCCUGACUUACAGUGUUAGAAUUCUCUUCAAGCUUAUCCAAUUCCACACAGUAUUUCACUGGAGCCCCAUGCCAGCUGAUUCCGACACCUUCUCUUGUGCCGUUUCUCUUGCCUUCCCUGAGCCCUGUUAUGCACAGAAUAAACUAAUUUUCUGUGCUCUGGAGCACAUACAUGCACAUGCUCAUUUGGUGUCUGUGGAAGCUAAACACAAGCUGAGACAUAGGAUUUGGCUCCCACUAUUGUCCAUUAUGGUAGCAUUACAGUAUCUUUUUGAGCAGUUUGCACUUUUAUACAUUUACAGACACAUUUUUAAAACUUAUGCUGUAAGUUGUGGCUACAAAAAAAUGCUCAGUUACACAGUUGCAUUUGAACACUUUUGCAGAGGUAUUUUAAGAUCUGAAUUUUACCAGUUUGUGUCUUAACCUCCACUCCCACAGGGUAAGGAUUAUAAUGCUGAAUUCUUGGUUUAUUUUGAAAAUGCAUGAGAAUGUUGAUCUCGGGAAAAUAUUCUAUUAAUCAUUUCAUUUCAAUUCCAGUUUUGCCUAUAUCUUUUAACUAGGAUCUCAAGAUGUGUUGUUGCUUCAGUUCAAGGUUUUGCAGGGAGAGUGGAGUGCUUUUUAACAUUUUUCCACUUCUGUAGCAGAGGUGGUAAAAUUCAUUUCCUGUUUUUUGUUGAGGAAGGAGCGGGAAAGAGGUAUAUGAACCAGAACUCCAGGAUACCUUCACCUUCAGACCUUGUUACAUGUUAAUUACUACAGAUACAGGAAGGGAAAAAUGUAUAAAAGAGCAGCACUAGUAUUGACUUAAACUCUUGGUCAUACAGUUCAUACUGGAGAAGAUGAGGAGGGAGGAUUUGCAGGGAAUAUAGAGUAAUAUGAUGUUUUGUCAACUUUGCCCUCCCAUUCCCAGUUGUGACCUGACCUGUUGUGCACAUGAUGGUGGGAGAGGGACUAGUAGAAGCUCACAUUGGUGUUGCUGAACACGUUCUCCUUUGCCUUAGAGAGUACCUGUCAUGAUUGUACUCCAAGCAUCACUGCCAAAUUUUGCAUCUUCAGCUUAGCCUCGGAAUUUCAUAGGAGAAACAACCAUUUAAUGUUGUUUGACCAAAAUGCACUUGUAAACAGGAAAUAAUUUUCAAAACAUCUUUUCUGAAACUAGGUGUUGUGGUUUGCACACUGUAUGUAUUAUAAAUAUGUUAAUCCUUUUUAAGACACAGCUGAUCACUCGGCAGGGUUGAAUAAACGUUAGCACAAAAAAUGAGGUAAAAACUUAUAGUAGAAAGGCUUUCUGCUUGUAAUAUUUUCACUCCAUUUUUUGGAGGGGCUGCAUGCUGUAAUAUACUGUAAUAUGUUGAAGAUUUGUAAAUGAAUGUAAUGUUCUUAAGGUAUCCCUGAAACAACUACACUUAAAAAUAUAUUAGAAAAGCAAUAGUUUUGUAUAAAGUAAUUUGAAGAUGCCCAACCUUGGAAAUUUGACACGUGGUUAUGUACCCUUGUGAAUUAAUUUAUAAGUGGACAGAUGAAACAGUAAUGAGCAUAUUGUAAUUUUGUAAAUUGAACAAAAUGUUAUUUAACAUAGGCAAAAGUACUGCUAAUUUUUUAACAAAUAAUUUAAAAAAACCUACUGUAUACAGCCAGAUGUUUAACACAGUAACUGAAUGUAUAAAUCCAGAUAUUAAUUUUAUUCAGGUUUUUAAUACAUUGUAUAUAUUUUUCACAUCUAGUUUUUCCAAAUGUUUUUAUAAACAUUUUAUAAAUGUUUCCAUUUCUCCUUUUAUCAGAUACAAUUCUGCAGGAAUUAGACAUCAGUGACUUUAUAGGACAACAAUCAAUAAAAUGCUUUUUAAAAACUUUACUAAAAAAAGCUUUUUGCUGAAAUUAGUUCUGAUCUUUUUAACCUUUGUCUUUCUUGUUUAAGACAGAGCCAUAAUUUAAUUGGACCUCAUGCACCUCGCUGCUAAGAUGGAUGAAAGUCUAGGAGCCAUAAAUAGCGGAGAGCAAUAGCUCCAUGGCAUACUUCUCCCUCUACCCCAGAUCCAUGGGAUUUGGACUCCCUGAACUUAAGGGAGAGGCAUGUCAUGGUGGGAGGGCCAGGGGAUAACUACUCUCUGUAGGAUCAUGCUUCUACAAACCACAGCAUUGUGUCUGCAGGUGAUUGCACUGGAUAGCAUUGGAAGAGGCUGGGUACUGUUCAGAGGUACCUUUGCCUGCUUGGAUGUCCCAAGAACCAUCGAAUUUCCCUGUAGCUCUUGGGACAUCUGUAGAUUUGAUGAGUCUUGCACAUACCUGCCUAUAGAAGGUUAAUUGUGGCGUGGUGAC